AUCUCAGAUCCUACCUCAGACGUAUAGAAUCAGAAUUUGUAUUUUAACAAGAUACCCAGGCUAUCCUAAGCACAUACAAGAUUGAGAAGCACUGCUAUACUAGACUGAGCUCCCUGAGGGCACGGAGUACCUUGUCCAUCUUGAGCACAGGGCCUGGCACAUAGCAAAUUAAAUCUAGGUGAAUGAAUGUCAGAACCAAGGGGCAAAAACAGGUUCAGAACUAAGGGAAACCAUGGGAAAAUCUUGAUGGUGAUUGGGGGUGUGGAAAGGAGAACCAGGUUACAAGACAGAACUUUUUCCUAGAGAGCCCUGUUUCAGCAAAAGAGCCCAUCCUGACGAUUCUAUCUUUUUUGGAAGCGCACCCUUCUACUUAUCCCUGCCUGCCGAGACAAGAGAUGUCAAGGACAACUGCUUGGUGCCAAGGCUACGGAAUUUGUGAACUUUCAUUUCUCCUGCCUUCACAGUCUGAAGCUUGCGAUAUAAAGAUUAGGCAUGCUCUGCUGGGCCUCCAGCGUAUCACCUGGAAGAGCCCACUCACCCUGGACAAACCCAUUGGCAGCCUCAGACCACCUUUGAGGAGGAUGACUGAGACAUUAUGGGCCACGCGCUGUGUGUCUGCUCUCGGGGAACUGUCAUCAUUGACAAUAAGCGCUACCUCUUUAUCCAGAAACUGGGGGAGGGUGGGUUCAGCUAUGUGGACCUAGUGGAGGGGUUACAUGAUGGACACUUCUACGCCCUGAAGCGAAUCCUGUGUCACGAGCAGCAGGACCGCGAGGAGGCCCAGCGAGAAGCAGACAUGCAUCGCCUCUUCCAUCACCCCAACAUCCUUCGCCUUGUGGCUUACUGUCUGAGGGAGCGGGGUGCUAAACAUGAGGCCUGGCUGCUGCUACCUUUCUUCAAGAGAGGUACGCUAUGGAACGAGAUAGAAAGGCUGAAGGACAAAGGCAACUUCUUGACCGAGGACCAAAUCCUUCAGCUGCUGUUGGGUAUCUGCAGAGGCCUUGAGGCCAUUCAUGCCAAGGGUUAUGCCCACAGGGACCUGAAGCCCACCAAUAUCUUGCUUGGAGAUGAGGGGCAGCCAGUUUUAAUGGACUUGGGUUCUAUGAAUCAAGCCUGCAUCCAUGUGGAGGGCUCCCGCCAGGCCCUGACCCUACAGGACUGGGCGGCCCAGCGGUGCACCAUCUCCUACCGAGCCCCAGAGCUCUUCUCUGUGCAGAGUCACUGUGUCAUCGAUGAGCGGACUGAUGUCUGGUCCCUAGGCUGCGUGCUAUAUGCCAUGAUGUUUGGGGAAGGCCCUUAUGACAUGGUGUUCCAGAAGGGUGACAGUGUGGCUCUUGCUGUACAGAACCAACUCAGCAUCCCGCAAAGCCCCAGGCAUUCUUCAGCAGUACGGCAGCUGCUGGCAUCGAUGAUGACUGUGGACCCCCAGCAGCGCCCUCACAUUCCUGCCCUCCUCAGCCAAUUGGAGGCACUGCAGCCUCCAGUUCCUGGCCAGCACACUACCCAAAUCUGAACAAACCAGUGGCCGCAUUGAGAAGGUGGCCUCUUGUGCCUUGGAAAGAGGUACCCAGCCCUCGUUGGAAGGUCCAUCCAUUCUAUCCAGGACUGCUGUCUAACAGAUGGGGGCACUAGGUGGGGACCUCUUUGCCUUCUGACCCCCAAGAGCAACACGUGGGUAAGGGGCCUGACUGAGUAGGGGAGGGGUGGGGGUUGGGAAAAGGGAAACUGACAGAAUAUGGUCCAUGGCUCUGAGCAGGACUGCUGAGCUCAUAUCAUGUUCUGCCUCCAAAUCCAGGAGCAGGAGAAUGUGUAAACAAGAAUAAAGUGAAAGCAGGUUGGUGUGA